GAACCUUGCACAUACGUAGGACUAAGUAGCAACCAUGGCAGGUUCAAUUUCUUUGUUGGAGUUCUCUUUGGUCAUUUUUAUCCAAAUCAUGACACACUGCCAUAGCAGCAUCACCACAUGCUUGCCUGAGAAACAUGCUGCACUAUUCAUAUUAGGAGAUUCGCUAUUUGAUAACGGAAACAACAAUUACAUCAACACCACCACCUCUUACCAGGCAAACUAUCCUCCCUAUGGAGAAACUUUCUUCAAAUACCCUUCUGGCAGGUUUUCUGAUGGACGCAUGAUACCAGAUGCCGUUGCUGAGCUUGCUAAGUUGCCUAUACUUCCACCGUAUCUGCAUCCGGGUCACGUUGAAUAUGUCUAUGGUGUCAAUUUUGCUUCAGGAGGGGCCGGUGCUCUGCGCGAAACAUCCCAGGGAAUGGUGAUAGACCUCAAAACUCAGGUAAGUUACUUAAAAAAUGUAAAGAAUUUAUUUAGUCAAAGAUUCGGGCAUGCAAUAGCCGAGGAAAUACUGUCCAAAUCUGUCUACUUGUUUAACAUUGGAGCCAAUGACUAUGGUUCUCUACUGGAUCCAAACUCAACCAGUGUACUUCUUCCGGUUGAUCAUCAAGGAUUUGUAGACAUUGUAAUUGGAAACCUCACAGACGCGAUCAAAGAAAUUUAUAAUAUUGGUGGAAAGAAAUUUGGAUUUCUUAAUGUGCCUCCGAUAGGUUGUUCCCCUGCCAUAAGAAUUUUGGUCAAUAAUGGAAGCACAUGCUUUGAAGAAUUUUCAGCCAUAGCAAGAUUACACAACAAUGCACUCUCAAAAAGGCUUCACGAGCUAGAGAAACAGCUCAAGGGAUUCAAAUAUUCAGUCAUGGAUUUUUAUAGUGCAUUUUCUCAAGUGUUCAACAAUCCUACAAAAUAUGGCUUCAAAGUAGCGAGCGUUGGAUGUUGUGGAAGUGGACCAUAUAGAGGAGUGGAUAGUUGUGGAGGGAACAAAGGGAUAAAAGAAUAUGAAUUAUGUGACAAUGUCAAUGAACAUUUGUUCUUCGACUCUCAUCAUCUUACUGAUAGAGCUAGUGAAUAUUUCGCCGAGUUGAUAUGGAAUGCAAAUCGCACUGUCACAAGUCCUUACAAUCUGAAGCAACUAUUUGAACUUUGAAUAUGUUCUACCAAGCAAGAUAUAUCUAAAGAAAGACCUAUUAUCAUGAUAAAUUUGUUUCCAAGUUCUGUAUUUUGGUUCACUCUGGUAUUUUGUGUUCAAUAAGUGGGUUGAGCUUGCCAAAUAAAAUGGUCUUGAUGACUUGAAUUCAUAAUUA